AGUCAAUAAAUUUGGGUUUGUUCAAACCCUUGUGGAACCUAUUUUGCUGACUUAGGGGUCAUGAAAAUUAAUGUGGAAUUUGGUGGUUAGAAAUUUGCCUAUAGUAGUGAUCUAAACUCAGUAGUGAACUUUGAUUGUUGCAUUUUUCAGCUUGACUUUGGCCAAAAAUUGAACAACUUUGUACGUAGUACAUUCCAGAUGUACACUAUAACUGCUAGCAAUGCCACUGCAGAACCAAGAAAGCCAGGGGGAAAAUACAAAGCAAUGGUAGUUUGUUUCAUUCUUGGACUUGGUUCACUUGUUGCUUGGAACAGCAUGUUAACCAUUGGAGAUUACUAUUACCAGUUGUUCCCGAAAUAUCACCCUUCAAGGGUGCUUACAUUGGUUUACCAACCAUUUGCGAUUGGAGCAUUAAUAAUAUUGACAUACUAUCAAUCAAAUAUCAAUACUCGACUCCGAAAUUUGGCUGGAUUCACACUUUUCUUUUCUGCCACUUUCUUGGUUCUUAUUUUGGACCUAGCAACAUUAGGGAGAGGUGGAAUCGGACAUUACAUUGGUAUAUGCUUGUUAACUGCUUGUUUUGGAAUUGCCGAUGCUCAUAUCCAAGGCGGCAUGGUUGGAGAUCUGUAUUUUAUGUGUCCUGAGUUUGUGCAGUCUUACCUUGCUGGUUUAGCAGCAUCUGGUGCUCUAACUUCAUUACUUAGAGUGCUGACCAAGUUAGCUUUCGAGAAAUCUAACAAUGGACUUCGCAAAGGAGCGAUACUAUUCAUCGCAAUCUCCACAUUCAUCGAAUUCCUUUGCAUCAUCCUAUAUGCAUUCUUUGCCAAAUUGCCUAUAGUGAAAUACUAUCGUUCAAAAGCCGCAUCUGAGGGAUCAAAGACUGUUGCAGCGGAUCUAGCUGCUGCAGGCAUUCAAGCAGAAUAUGAUGACAAACAAGAGGAGCGGCUGAGCAACCGACAGUUAUUUAUGGAGAACAUUGAUUAUGCAGCAGACUUAAUUCUGAUAUAUGUGUUAACAUUAUCAAUCUUUCCUGGAUUUGUGUAUGAAAAUACAGGAACACAUCAAUUAGGCACCUGGUAUCCAAUUGUUUUAGUUGCUAUGUAUAAUGUUCUUGAUUUCAUAUCAAGAUACAUUCCACUUGUGCCAUGGUUGAAGUUGGAAUCAAGGAAGGGUUUACUAAUAGCAAUCCUUGCUAGAUUCUUAUUGGUUCCAGCGUUUUAUUUUACAGCAAAGUAUGGUGAUCAAGGAUGGAUGAUCCUUCUUACCUCAUUCUUGGGACUCACCAAUGGCUAUCUCACUGUCUGUGUUAUGACAGUUGCACCAAGAGGUUACAAGAGUCCUGAGCAGAAUGCAUUAGGAAAUUUGCUUGUUCUUUGUCUUUUAACAGGAAUAUUUACUGGAGCUGUUCUUGACUGGUUGUGGAUCAUAGGCAAAGAUUCAUUCUAAAUUCAUUUGUUCCCUACAAUUUUACUUGUAUGAUAUUACACUAGUAGUGUAUUUUUAAACUAAUCAUGUAGUAUUAGUCUUUAAACUCUGUAAUUUGCUUAACCAAUUCUCUCUAAUCUCUAUGUAUGUAAGUAGAUGUUUAGGAGUUCAUUCUCUCAAUUUGUGUAUGACAACUUAUUUUGUAUAUCCCAGAGAUAGAUUCUAGAUUCUCUGAAA